GCCGAAUCUGUCCUCCCCGCCCCCACUAGUACUGACUCGCCUCCAGCUUUCUCUCUCGUUCUGCCACGAUGAUCAAGAUAUGGAGCAUGAAGAAGAAUGAGGACCAAGCGGCGAAGAAGAAACCCAAGACGAGUGCCGCCCAGAUCCGAGUGCAGAAAGACCUUACUGAACUAGAGUUACCAUCCACCAUGAAGACGAAUUUCCCCGAUCCCGCCGAUCUGCUCAACUUCACCUUGACCAUCACUCCUGACGAGGGGAUGUACAAGGGUGGUGCAUUCACCUUCUCCUUCAACAUUAACACGAACUAUCCUCAUGAGCCUCCGAAGGUUAAAUGCACACAGACGAUCUAUCAUCCGAACAUUGACUUGGAGGGGAACGUCUGCCUGAACAUCUUACGAGAAGACUGGAAGCCAGUGCUGAAUCUCAACUCCGUCAUGGUCGGCUUGCAGUACCUUUUCCUUGAGCCAAAUGCAGAUGACCCAUUGAACAAGGAGGCCGCCGAAGAGCUACGUCGGAACCGGGAGCAGUUUAUGUACAACGUCAAGAAUUCUAUGCGCGGAGCGAACAUCAAAGGCGUGCAGUACGAUAAAGUACUUGUAUGAUACUCUGUCCUUCUGUUAUGACUGUCGGACACGCCCGGACGCCGUGACUAGUGCGGUAUGCACGUAAUGCAGGUCUGCCAGGUCGGGCUCCUCAAUGAGUGUUAGAGGGAAGGGGCUGGUUAUAUCACGUAGAAUAGAUGCAUAAUUUCUUGUUGUCUUUGCUUGCUUUGCAUUGUCCAUUGUAUCCACACCAUUGUACAUUUCUGCAGCAGGGUCCUUUUGCUAUCGGUUGUUUCCCCGUCGUUUUGCGAGAGAGAUCCAUCCUCAACUUCCUCGGUACGUUGUGUAGGAGUAGGGACUGAUCAGCAAUGGGAUGUGAUAAUGUUCAUCUGGUGCAGGAACUUCAAAGGUGAUCUCAACCCAAGGGUAGAACGUCUUGCGGCCACUGCCUUCGAAGUAGGGCUUCGUUUUAAAGGUCACUUUGUAAAGCCGGCCCGCAACAAGUGCCGCAUCCUCUUGCUUUCCUGACGCCGGGAACAGGCUCAUGCAGCGACCAUCGCAGUUUGUGACUCCAGUUGCAAGCUCCUUGAAAUUGGACCCAUCAGCCUGGUGUUCAAGAAGGACUUCGACGCCCGCCGCG